AGUCCGCGUCUUCUGCUGGGACACGCACUAAUCCCCUUCAUCUUCGUUUGCCUCCAAACAUGAAGUUCACCCUUGUCCACCUUCUCUUCAUUUGCCUUAAUCUAGUAGUCUACACCACCGGCGACGACCAAUUCGUCUACUCCGGUUUCUCUGGCGCAAACCUCACCUUCGACGGCGCAGCCACGGUCACUCCAGGCGGCCUCCUCCAGCUCACCAACGGCACAGACCAGCAGAAAGGCCAUGCUUUCUACCCGACUCCGCUGAACUUCACCAGGUCUCGUGGCGGAGAGGUGCAGUCCUUCUCGGCCUCCUUCGUGUUCGCCAUCUUGUCCAUCUACACCGACCUGAGCGCCCACGGCAUGGCCUUGGUCGUGGCGUCGAGCAAGAACUUCUCCUCCGCUCUGCCUGGCCAGCUCCUUGGCCUCACGGACAUCCAAAACAACGGCAACGACAGCAACCACUUCUUCGCCGUGGAGCUGGACACGAUCCAAAACAAGGAGUACAACGACCUCAACGCCAACCAUGCCGGCGCUAACGUCAACGGUCUCAUAUCGCUGCAGUCCUACUACGCCGGUUACUUCGAUGACAAGGAUGGUAACUUCCGCAACCUGAGUCUGAUUAGCCGCCAGGCCAUGCAAGUGUGGGUGGAUUAUGACCACAAGGUUGCGCAGAUCGCUGUGACCAUGGCUCCCAUCAAGGUCGGCAGACCUGUAAAGCCAUUGUUCACAGCCACCUACAACCUCACAUCUGUGGUCACAGACGACGCAUACGUCGGUUUCUCCUCUGCGACCGGCACAUUCGACGUGCGACACUAUGUACUUGGUUGGAGCUUUGCCAUGAACGGCCCUGCUCCGGCCAUCGACAUCUCCAAGCUACCAAAUCUUCCGCGUGUAGGACCGAAGCCACGAUCCAAGGUAUUGGAAAUAGUUUUGCCAAUAGCAAGUGGAGUGUUCGUCCUCAUCCUGGGCACCAUUGUUGUCCUCGUACUACAGAGGCGUUUUAGGUACGCCGAGCUGCGGGAAGAUUGGGAGGUUGAAUUCGGGCCACGGCGAUUCGCAUACAAGGAUUUGUACCGUGCAACCGGAGGUUUUAACAACACGCACCUGUUAGGAAUUGGAGGAUUCGGCAGGGUAUACAAGGGUGUCCUUCCAGCGUCUGAGGUGGAGAUUGCUGUGAAGAAGGUGUCACACGACUCAAAGCAGGGCAUCAAGGAAUUCAUUGCAGAGGUGGUUAGCAUAGGACGUCUCCAACACCGCAAUCUUGCACCAUUACUUGGUUACUGCCGACGAAAAAGUGAGUUGUUUCUGGUCUACGAGUACAUGUCAAAUGGAAGUGUUGACAAGUACCUGCACGGCAGAGAAGGCAAACCAAAUCUGAAUUGGGCUCGUAGGUGGCAUAUCAUCAAAGGCAUUGCAUCAUGCUUGGUCUACCUUCAUGAAGAGUGGGAAAAAGUUGUAAUCCAUCGGGACAUCAAAGCCAGCAAUGUCCUCCUGGAUAGCGACAUGAACGGAAGGCUUGGUGACUUUGGCCUUGCAAGAUUGUACGACCACGACACUGAUCCGCAGACCACACAUGUAGUUGGAACGAUAGGAUACCUAGCUCCAGAGCUAGGACACACUAGCAAAGCGACCCCUCUUACUGACGUAUUUGCUUUUGGAGUAUUCAUUCUUGAAGUUACUUGUGGGCAGAGGCCUGUCAACAAUGCGAGCUUACAGGAGAGCCAAGUGCUGCUGGUCGAACGGGUGCUCGAGCAAUGGAGCAAGGAAUCGCUCCUCGAUACCGUGGAUAAGCGGCUUGAGGGCAACUACGACGCUGCCGAGGCAUGUGUGGCUCUCAAGCUAGGCCUGCUAUGCUCUCACCCAUUCGCGAAUGCAAGACCAUCUAUGCGGGAAGUGAUGCAGUACCUUGAGGGGGACAUGCCGCUGCCGGAGAUGACACCGACGGAUUUAAGUUUUCAGAUGAUGGCCAUAAUGCAGAAUGGAGGAUUUGACCAAUUCAUCAUGGCAUAUCCUUCAUCGUCAGCGAGUAUUGAAAGCACGUCUCUAAUUUCAGUUGGAAGGUGACAUGCACCGUGAUGCUGAUCCGGACCCUGCAUCGACACUACCAUUCAGAGCAUCAACAUAUAUGUAAUUUGUAACUUUUUACUUUGAAAAUACCAAAUGUAAUAAGUGGUAGAAUCUUUUUAGAAAGAAAUUUUAUUAAUAUAAAUAAAAUACCAAUGCCUA